AUGGGAGACGAUUUGACUCAAAAAGAGCUGCUGGAAAAGCUAGAAAAUUUGAAUCAUGAAAUUACUGAAUACUUCGAUUUGAACGUUGAGAAGGCCAAGAAACGGUUUAAAUUGGUACGUUAUGGUACGAAAUUAGUUGUUGUGGAUAGAAUCGCUGAAAAAAAGGUGGCCAUCGACAAUUGGAGACAAAAACUUAGGACAAACUAUGGAAUUGCAGAAUCCAGAUUUCGUAAAAUCUGGGAAGCCCUCCAGAAUAAUAUGGAGUUGGAUUUGUGCGCGGUGCGGGAUUCAUUGGGGAACUUGCGGAUCUUCCAGGUCCAAAAGCUGGGAGUUUUGUUGGAAAACGUCAGUUUGUCGCGUAAUGAAAUAAAGGCAAUAGACCAGAAUUUCAAUGAGUUCAAAUCCAAGACGCUACAAGAGUUGAAUGUGUCAGAAGAGUCUUACCGGGAUUACAUGAACUGGCUGCGGUCUCUGUGCGGGGAUUGGUCCGAUGUUUUCGAACAAUUGCCCAAAAUCGAGUGGAAUUCUUGUAAAUAUCAAUGGGUUGGCAACGCAUAUCGGUUGAGUGUGAUUCCUCGCAACAUUAACAAUUACGCGGUGUACUGCAAGUUUUACGCUAGACUUGGGGUUUGUACAAACUCCAAUUGCAGAUUCGUGCACGAUCCACGUACCAUCUCGAUUUGUAAAGACUUUUUGACAACGGGCCGGUGCAAUUACGGCGACAACUGCCGAUUGACGCAUGGAACUGGGAACGAAUACGUGCUUCCCGACUGUCCCGAAUUUGCUGCUGGUGAUUGCAAGUUUGAAAGCGGAGCGGAACAGUCGUCACACGACAAGCACACACACUGUCAAUACAUCCAUACAAAGGCCCGCUCUUAUGGGUACCCAAUAUGCCGACAAUUUGCACACAUUGGUUUCUGCUACCGGGGCUUGGCGUGUCCUUUUCCACAUGCCAUGGAGUGUCCAGAUGCAUCUUAUACUUCGCGAUGUUUCCUAGCGCAUUGCAAAUAUGCACAUUCCGGCCAAAACCGGGCUUGCUUGGCCCUUACCAAGAUCCCGCUUGAAAAUUACCUUCUUCCACCGCUCCGCAAAAAGGAUCCUCGCACCACUUCGACUACCGCUCCUGCAUGGUAUGGAUUGCGACCUGCAGGUGUCCAGAUCCAGACCGGCGUCAGUGUUCUGAAAAGUGACGAAAUUUUCAAAAAUGGUUCUGAGGACCCAUCCCAUAUGAGACUGACACUUGAAUCUUCUGAAGAUGAUGCAGAUGGACACACUUCCUCCUCGAACACCUCAGAAACGUCUCAAUAUUCCAGCGAUGACAGCGAUGACAUGAAUGCGGAUUUUAUCAAAUUGUGA